UGCGACAUUUCGUUUGCUUGGCGAUUCGAUUUCUGGAACAAUAAAAUUUUCUAAUUAAACGUAAAAAUCCUGCAUAAAUACUCCACGGAAACAGUUUCUAAAAACCCCACACAGCAAGAUGGUCCUGGAAAGUACGAUGCUGUGCUUCGACAACAGCGAUUACCAGCGCAACGGCGACUACUUCCCGACCCGACUGAACGCACAAAAGGACGGCGUGAACCUGGUGUGUCUGUCGAAGGUCCGCUCGAACCCGGAGAACAACGUCGGCCUGAUGACGAUGUCCAACACGACCGAGGUGCUGGCCACGCUGACGAGCGACGUGGGCCGCAUCCUGUCCAAGCUGCACCUGGUUAACCCGAACGGGGACAUUAACCUGCUGACGGGGCUGCGGAUUGCGCACCUGGUGCUGAAGCAUCGCCAGGGCAAGAACCACAAGAUGCGGAUCGUGGUGUUUGUUGGAUCGCCGGUUGCGCACGACGAGGCGGAUCUGGUCAAGCUGGCUAAAAAGUUGAAGAAGGAGAAGGUCAACGUGGACAUUGUAAGCUUCGGGGAUCACCAGAAGAACAACGACGUCUUCACGGCGUUUAUCAGUGUGUUGAACGGCAAGGAUGGUACCGGAUCGCACCUGGUUUGCGUUCCGCGUGGGUCCGUGCUGUCCGAGGCGUUGAUUUCUUCGCCGAUUAUUCAGGGUGAGGAUGGAACCGGAGGUGCGGGACUGGGUGGAGCCGGAUUCGAGUUUGGCGUCGAUCCGAACGAAGAUCCGGAGUUGGCGUUGGCCCUGCGUGUCUCGAUGGAAGAGCAACGCCAGCGCCAGGAGGACGAAACGCGCCGCGCCCAGGCCGACAGUGGCGCAGAAGCUGGCGUGGCCGUUCCUGCCCAGGAAGGAAGCUCUUCCGGCAGUGGUGCACCGGUUGUGCAGCCCAACACGGAGGAAGCGCUGCUGGAACGUGCCCUGGCACUGUCCUCGGACGAUGCGAUGCCCGACUUUGCCAACAUGACCGAGGAGGAGCAGAUUGCGUUCGCCAUGCAAAUGUCCAUGCAGGACGCCCAGCAGGAAACGCCCAUUUCGCAGCCGGCCAAGCGCCAGAAGAAGGACGAAACGCCGAUGGAGGUCGACGAGGACAUCAACGAGGUCAUCACCGAUCCCGAGUUCCUGCAGAGCGUGCUGGAGAAUCUGCCCGGCGUUGAUCCGCACUCGGAGGCGAUCCGCGACGCCGUCGGGUCGCUCAACAAGGACAAGAAGGACAAGGAGGGCGAUGAUAAGAAGUAAGGAAGAUGAUGGGGCGGCUAACGCUUUUGCAUCUAAUUCAAUAUGUUUGCUCUUUCGUAAUACUUUAUUGCUAACGCAGAAUUAAUAAAUACAUCCAUAAUCUACCCGUAAAAUACAA